AUGGUGCACUGUGCCGGCUGCAAACGGCCCAUCUUGGACCGGUUUUUGUUGAAUGUACUGGACAGGGCUUGGCAUGUGAAGUGUGUUCAGUGCUGUGAAUGUAAAUGCAAUUUGACAGAGAAAUGCUUUUCCAGAGAAGGCAAGCUUUACUGCAAAAACGACUUCUUUCGGUGUUUUGGGACCAAGUGUGCCGGCUGCUCCCAGGGGAUCUCCCCCAGUGACUUGGUCAGGAGGGCGAGGAGCAAAGUGUUCCACUUGAACUGUUUUACUUGUAUGAUGUGUAACAAACAGCUCUCCACCGGCGAGGAGCUCUAUAUUAUCGACGAGAACAAGUUUGUCUGCAAAGAAGAUUACCUAAAUAACAGCAAUACUGCCAAAGAGACCAGCCUGCACUCAGCCACUACCGGCAGUGACCCCAGUCUGUCUCCGGAUUCCCAAGAUCCUUCCCAAGACGACGCGAAAGACUCGGAGAGUGCAAACGUGUCAGACAAGGAAGCUGGCAGCAACGAGAAUGAUGAUCAGAACCUGGGGGCCAAGAGAAGGGGUCCCCGCACCACUAUCAAAGCCAAACAACUCGAGACACUGAAAGCAGCCUUCGCAGCUACCCCCAAACCCACCAGGCACAUCAGGGAACAGCUGGCCCAAGAAACCGGGCUCAACAUGCGAGUCAUACAGGUGUGGUUCCAGAACCGGCGCUCCAAGGAGAGACGCAUGAAGCAGCUGAGCGCGCUGGGGGCCCGCCGGCACGCCUUCUUCCGCAGCCCCCGCAGGAUGAGGCCGCUGGUGGACCGGCUGGAGCCCGGGGAGCUCAUCCCCAACGGGCCCUUCUCUUUCUAUGGAGAUUAUCAGAGCGAGUAUUAUGGCCCUGGAAGCAAUUAUGAUUUCUUCCCACAAGGACCCCCUUCAUCUCAAGCUCAGACACCAGUCGAUCUCCCCUUUGUGCCCUCUUCUGGGCCAUCAGGAACUCCUCUGGGUGGAAUGGAUCACCCAUUACCCGGACACCACCCAUCUAGUGAGGCUCAGCGCUUCACUGACAUAAUGUCGCACCCACCUGGAGACUCACCCAGCCCUGAGCCCAACCUUCCAGGUUCUUUGCACUCCAUGUCUGCAGAAGUUUUUGGUCCAAGUCCUCCGUUUUCUUCAAUAUCCGUCAACGGUGGUGCUAAUUAUGGCAAUCACUUGUCACAUCCACCAGAAAUGAAUGAAGCCGCUGUGUGGUAGCUUUAAAACAAACUGGGUCUAAGUAAGUGAUGAUCUUCUAGUCUGCUUAUGUUAUGGUGUACAGAAAUGAAUAAAUAUAACAUCUCUCUUGCCCUAAGACAAUUUUACUUUGGGAAUGAACUGAAUCCAAAUCACUCCAAGGCAAGCUUUGCUAUAGACCGGGACAAUCUUCAUAAUAUGGUUGUAACAAACAAACAAAAAAGGGACAUUUUUUGGUACCAUUGAAAAGACACUGGUGAAGCUGUACAGUAAAGUGCUGCCCUGCUAUAGGAUGGCAUAGGUUGAAUACCCUGUUGGAUGUCACCCUAAGAGCCACAAUCCUUAGGAGCUUUUCGUUUAAAAAACAAAAAGAACAAAAGAAAGGUCAAAGAAAGGGAGGGGGGAAGUGUGAAGAGCGCUAGUAUUCCUGGUUAAGGAUGGUUCUGGCAUUAUGAAUUUGUUUGUUAAUUUUGUCUCUCAGAAAGUUCAACAACAACAAACUCUUUUUAGCUUCAGAAACGUGAGCCUGCUGACUAUCAGGUGGGACUUUUUGUUUUUUAAUUAUUUUGCCAAAAUAACAAAUACUAAAUGUAAAGCCCUCAGCAUCAACUCUUCUACCUUCACAAAGCUACACACACAAAAAAAUCCUCAUAAUAACAAAGGUCGCCAACCAGACCUCUAACUAAAAAUGACUUGAAACAAACAAAUAAAAAAAGUAUUCUACCUUCACAAAAAAACCUAAACAAAAGACUCUACUGACCUAAAAACAGUCAACUGUUUACGUAGAAUGUUAAAUUCAGGAGUUCAAUGUUUUACUAAUAAAUCCUGUUUUAGAACCUCUUGUUCAAAAGCAAAAUAUUUUGAGCAACCAACCAAAAUAUAUCACUUUCUUUUCUGUAGAUGUUAUAUGACAGAUUGCAGGGCUUGUGGUUCACUGUGCUCGUUGUAAAAGGUGUUGUUUACAGAAGGCAAAGAAGAAGAAGAAGAAAAAAACACAUGAAAACCAGACAGUUGCCAAAUAAAGUAAUUAUAUAGCACAAAUACUGUAAGGUGCUUUGCACCAGCAACCUGAGCAAGUGUUUUUUGUUUUUUGUUUUAUUUAAAGUGUUACAAGGUUAAACAAACAAACAUCUUUGCUAAUUUUUAGUCCUGUUGAACAUUCAUGGAAUUGUUAAUAUGACUUAUAUAGACCCACACAGGUUUUAUUUUUGUGUCUUUAAAAGAAAAGUCCAAAAUAUUUAAAUUUUAUGGUCAAAUAUGCAGUCAACAGCUGCUGCUUUUUUCUUUAUAUAUAAAAUUUCUCAUAUGUCUUUUAUUGUUCUAAUAAACCUAAGCUUGUGUGACCUCCAGUGCAUAUUAGACCAUUCACUGUAUGAAAGAAAACAUGUUGGAUAAAAUUUGUGAGUUUUUAAUAAAAUUAGAAAAUCUGAUGUUUAGAUAACUUGUGUUUCAUUUGAUGUUUUAAAUAAUUUUAAAUGGGUCCUCUGAGUAUAAUAGCCCUGAAAAGAUACAUCCACUAUACUCGUAUUAUAUAUCUAUUUUGCUUUGGUAGAAGUCUAAAUCCUGUUGCCAAUGAAGAUAGAUGUUAUCUGUAGUUUCAUCCUCUCUUUGCACCUUAAUUGAUACAGUGCAAAAAUAUGUUAAUCUUUUAAUUAAAUUACAGAAUUGGAAACGUAUCAAAUUGUUUAACAUAUUAGUUCAUUCUAGGUCUAUGGUAAGAUACAAAACGUGUCCAAGAUGUUCAUUUUUAUGCAUAUACAAAACUGUAUUGUGAAAUAUGUCAAAACCCUGUAAAUAUAUGGUGUAGGGUUGGUCCAUUUUUAGCUCAAUUUAUUUUCCAUAGGAAAUCCUGCUUUCUAAUUUGGUGGUCUGAAACACAACAUAAACUGAAUGUACAGCAAAAAAAUGACAAUAAUUUUAAUCCCCUUUUCAGAGCUGAUAUAAAGUUCAUUGUUUUAUAGCAUUUGGUAUGUUAGAAGUUGCAAUGAAUACAUAUUGCCCCUAAAAUUUUGAAAAGUUACAGAUAUAAUAUUUCAGUUGUAAAUUAUUACAUUGUCUCAGUCUACAGACCUUACUGAGGCAAAAAUACUAUUGAUGGCUGAAUAAGGAGUACAAUGUUGGGUCUAGGUUUGAUAAGUCACAUAGUUAAAAUGCUUUCCAAGUGCUCAUUUAGUAGGGAGACGGGAGUGGAAUUGUAUAUAUUCUCCAUUCCUGAGUUUGGCUGUUUCUUUCUUUUGGUUUAAGUAGGCCCAGAAAUUUUGCUCUUACCUACAGACUCCUGUAUCGCCAGUUCUGUAGUCUUGAUUAUUUAACUCUUUGUGGUGAGGGGAAAAAUCAGAAUGCUUUAAAAUUGUAUGGUAUGUAAUUUUUUAUUGGUGGUUUCGCAUUUUGUUGAUGAACACCUAGGCUUAUAGACCCAGCAGAGGGGGCAUUUAGUUUAAGCAAUACUUCAAUUUAAACACAGAAUGUCUUAUAAAUAUAAACAAUCUGCAAGGGAUCUGUUAGCAUUCUUUUUUUUUUUAAAUCAUGCUUUAUUAAAUGCGGGGGAGACUUUUU